CCCGCACUGACCCACUGAACUACAGCGCUCAGCGUUCCAUCAAACCGCUAUUUCCCCGGGAUGCGGAGUGGAAAUGCCCUUCCUCAAACCUGCCAGCCCAAUUCGCUGUCGUUUGUCAUUUGUCGCUCUGUCUGCCUUCCUCGGGGGGCCCCGGGCCCGAGCCCUGCCACGACGCUUUGCUUCCCAUGGAAGGUUACCAACACUGGGCUCUUUCCAACGGCUGGGAUGGGCAAGUCUACUGCUCCAAAGAGCAAUCGCAGUCCGCGCAUCUCUGGAAAUCACCUUUCCCAGACGUGGUCCCCUUACAACCCGAAGUCAGCAGUUACCGGAGGGGACGGAAAAAAAGGGUCCCUUACACCAAAAUCCAGCUGAAGGAGUUGGAAAAGGAGUACGCGGCCAGCAAAUUCAUCACCAAAGAGAAGAGGAGGAGGAUUUCGGCCACCACCAACCUGUCCGAGCGCCAAGUGACUAUCUGGUUCCAGAACCGGAGGGUCAAGGAGAAGAAAGUGGUGAGCAAAUCCAAGACAGCACAUCUCCACCCCACCUGA